AGAGGUAGCAGAGAGGCAGAGCAGUGCAGCAGCAGCAUCCCAGCCAGCAAACCUCACCAAUCUCCCACCAGCAGCGAGGUGUUUUCUCACUGAGCAUCCUCCAAAAAUAACGAGAUAAAAGAUAAGAUGGCCACCUCCUCCUCCACUCUGGAAGAAGACGAGAGUUUGAAGGGCUGUGAAAUUUUUGUGCAGAAGCACAACAUCCAGCAGAUCCUCAAAGAGUGCAUUGUGAACCUCUGCAUCGCUAAGCCUGAGCGUCCUAUGAAGUUCCUGCGGGAGCAUUUUGAAAAGCUGGAGAAGGAAGAAUGCAAGCAGAUCAUGGCACGCCAGAAAUCUAACAGCCAGUCGGACUCACAUGAUGAUGAGGUUUCUCCCCCACCACCCAACCCAGUCGUCAAGGCCCGGCGCCGCAGGGGAGGGGUCAGCGCCGAGGUCUACACUGAAGAGGAUGCUGUCAGCUACGUACGCAAGGUGAUCCCAAAGGACUACAAGACCAUGACCGCCUUGGCAAAGGCAAUCUCCAAGAAUGUGCUGUUUGCUCACCUGGACGACAAUGAGAGAAGUGACAUAUUUGAUGCCAUGUUCCCUGUCACCCACAUUGCAGGAGAAACAGUCAUCCAGCAAGGCGAUGAAGGAGACAACUUUUAUGUGAUUGACCAGGGUGAAGUGGACGUUUAUGUGAACGGGGAGUGGGUGACCAGCAUUGGAGAAGGAGGUAGUUUUGGAGAGCUGGCCCUGAUCUAUGGGACACCCAGAGCUGCCACAGUGAAGGCCAAGACUGAUCUUAAACUGUGGGGAAUCGACCGAGACAGCUACCGGCGUAUCCUCAUGGGCAGCACUUUAAGGAAGAGGAAGAUGUAUGAAGAGUUCCUUAGCAAGGUGUCCAUCCUUGAGUCUUUGGAUAAAUGGGAACGUCUGACUGUGGCUGAUGCUCUGGAGCCCGUCCAGUUUGAGGAUGGAGAGAAGAUAGUGGUGCAGGGGGAACCUGGUGAUGACUUCUUCAUUAUCACAGAGGGAAUAGCCUCUGUUCUGCAGCGCAGAUCUGACAAUGAGGAGUACGUGGAGGUUGGACGACUUGGACCCUCUGACUACUUUGGUGAAAUCGCCCUGCUGUUGAACCGUCCCAGGGCUGCCACUGUAGUUGCCCGUGGUCCACUUAAGUGUGUGAAGCUGGACAGGCCCCGCUUUGAGCGUGUGCUGGGGCCCUGCUCAGAGAUCCUCAAGAGGAACAUCCAGAGAUACAACAGCUUCAUCUCUCUCACAGUGUGACAGGUCGGCCCCUUUGGGCCCCA